CCUCGUUACCGCCCAUCAGUAGCUAGUCAAAGGUCUGGGUGUCCCUUAACGUGAUCCCGGUUCCCGAUCACACUUAACGCGAUCCUAGGUUCCCGGCCCACAGUCGACUGCCGGUGGCUUGGUGCUGCCGAGGAUCGGGAGCGCGCGAGGUCGUACCCACGGCCGCGAGGAGGGUUUCCCUAGACCGAGGCGCGGAAACGGGGUGCCCCGGCCUCCCGCCCGCUGCCUGCCCCUUCUUUGCUGUAGUGAACGCCGUGCGCCCGGCACGAUGGGUGCCAACGAGGACCAAGAGAUGGAACUGGAAGCUUUACGGUCUAUUUAUGAAGGAGAUGAAAGUUUCCGAGAAUUAAGUCCAGUUUCAUUUCAAUAUAGGAUAGGUGAAGACGGCGAUCCCAAAGCCUUCCUGAUAGAGAUCUCCUGGACGGAGACAUACCCGCAGACGCCUCCCGUCAUAUCUAUGAACGCCUUUUUUAACAACACCAUCUCCUCGGCGGUAAAGCAGAGCAUCUUGGCCAAGCUGCAGGAGGCCGUGGAGGUAAAUCUUGGCACAGCCAUGACCUACACGCUGUUCGAGUAUGCUAAGGACAAUAAAGAGCAGUUCAUGGAGAACCAUCACCCUGGGAAUUCCACGACUCCUGUGACCAAUAUCAUCUCGGUUGAAACUCCCAGCACAGCCCCAUCAAGUAAGAAAAAAGACAAGAAAGAACAACUUUCCAAAGCUCAGAAACGCAAGCUCGCAGAUAAAACAGAUCACAAAGGGGAACUCCCUCGAGGCUGGAACUGGGUUGACGUCGUGAAGGUAUGGCAAACUUACACUCAAGUCUUCAAAGUUGUUAAGAUUAUUGUCAUCAAAUAACGAAAUGUGUGUUUU